AUGUACCGGAUUAUUUCCAAAGGUAGAAGUCUCCUUCGAACUUUAGCGACUAUUGGCGGUCGUCAUGAGAAUUCUGACGCUACUACGCGCCGAACUUUCUUCUCUUUUGUUACAUCAGUAUCCGGUUUUGAUAACAAGCAUGCGCAAUAUGAGAUACAACCCAGACCUUUAUCGACGUAUGGCGACGAUGCCUACUUCAUUUCCAUUACCGAUGUGUCAUGUGUGCUAGGAGUUGCGGAUGGUGUAGGUGGUUGGCGAUCAUAUGGUGUUGAUCCUAGCGAGUUCUCCAUGUCUUUCAUGUCGACAUGUCAAAGACUGGCUCAGUCAGGUCGAUUUAAGCCAAAUGAACCAAUGCUUCUUGUAACUGAGAGUUAUCGUGAAGUUUUGGAUGCAAAGACACCUCUCUUAGGGAGUGCAACAUUUUGUGUAAUUUCAUUGUGUCGAAGCGAUGGCCGCCUACACACAGUGUGUCUUGGGGAUUCAGGCUACCUCGUUAUCCGUCAUGGUACAGUAGUCAAACGUUCUGCCAACCAAAAGCACACACUGAACACGCCCUUUCAGGUUGCCUGUCUCCCGCCAAAUGAGCAUGGCCACUUCUAUCGUGACUCCCCCGAACAGGCAAUCCAGGACAGCUUCUCUCUAGAACCGAGUGAUUUGGUAGUUGUUGGCACGGAUGGUCUCUUUGAUAACCUCACCGACCAAAUGAUCCUCCAGGAACUUACACCUCUCCAGGAUUGUGAUCUAAGUUUGGCGUCAGACGAACUGCUGGAUUGGUGUGCCUACCGGCUUGUCUCGUGCGCGCGCGACGCCGCAGAGAAUCCAAACUUCCUCUCUCCCUUCGCCAACGAAGCACGCCAAUACGGGCUUAAUAUUGCAGGUGGAGUCCGUGGCGACAUAACAGUGAUGUUGGCGCUGGUUGUGAAUGAGACUGCCGUAGCUGACACACAGCCAUCAGAAUUUCCAAAGUCCGUUGAUAGCUCGGUGGGAAAAAAGGCAGUUUUCCGAAUCUCUCAAAGUCGUUCCUCCUCAUCUCCCUCUACCCUUCCAUUUACCUAA